UCGUUUACGACACAAGAAAGGAUGUACGGCAAGCUGCUUGGACAGACACUACCACUAAGGGCAUAUGUGAAGUUGAUAUCUCACCUUGAUUGUUAUAUAAUUUCAAUAUAUAUCCACUUAUAAGACCGACACGUUGACGUCGGGUUAUCACAACUUCUCUCACAUGGCCAACCCACUAAAAAGUGAAGUUAUUAGGCUAUACAAAAACUUGCUGUAUCUCGGUCGGGACUACCCUGAAGGAUCAGCCUUUUUCCGACAGCGCCUAAAAUCAGCCUUCAUGAAGAAUAAAGAUGUGACGGACCCGGAACAGAUCAGAAAACUUGUGGGGCGCGGGGAGUUUGUUAUCAAGGAACUGGAGGCUCUCUACUUCCUCAAGAAAUACAGAGCCAUGAAGAAGAGGUACUACGAACCGGAGAAUGUAAUUGCACAUUGUAAUUUGGAGUAAGAACAAAACAGCCAUCCAACCAUAGAUUCUCCAUGAGAAUCUUGAUUUGCCACAGAGGUAAUGUUAUAUAAUGUACAAGGGAAUUAUUUCCACCCCUUUUGUGUGAACAGGGUGUGUGACAAAUCAAUGUUAAUGUAUGUAAGUUUAGUCUGUACAUUUGUAAGUAUGUUCUAGUAUGUAUAAUUGUACAAGAAAAUAAAAAACUACAGAAAUGUUGAUAAAAUAGUUGUAAACAGUGGAUGUUAUGGUGAUAAUCAGCUGAUUAA